CUCAGUUCGUCCAGCAGUGAUUGUUGGACCGAACCUCCUUUAUUACUGGGAGACAAUCACCACCAACAAACACAACAUUAAAUCCAGCUGCUGACAGAUGUGGGUCCACAGACUCUGUUCAAGCAGGAAAACCUUCUCAAGAUGCUGAACUGUCAGAACUUUGUUGUUUAUGAUUGAAGUGAAAUCUGAAUGUUUUCACCUCGACUCACUGGACUCUGUGUCUGCUGUGUUUUCAGAUUCACUCACAGAACAAAUGGAUUCCAGAUCAGAGGAGGAUCUCUGCUGUCCGGUCUGUCAGGACGUCUUCACAGAUCCUGUUAUUCUGUCAUGUAGCCACAGCUUCUGUAGAGACUGUCUGAAGACCUGGUGGAGACAGAAACCAACACACAACUGUCCAGUUUGUAAGAGAAGAUCUUCAAGAGAAGAUCCACCUUCUAACCUGGUUUUAAAGAAUCUGUGUGAGUCCUUCCAGCAGCAGAGAUCUCAGAGAUCUUCAGAGUCUCUCUGCAGUUUACACUCUGAGAAACUCAAACUCUUCUGUCUGGAUCAUCAGCAGCCAGUGUGUGUCGUCUGCAGAGAUUCACAAAAACACUCCAACCACAGAUUCAGACCCAUUGAUGAAGCUGCACAAGAACACAGGGAGGAACUUCAGGAAACUCUGAAGCCCUUAAAGGAGAAGCUGAAGGUUUCUGAACAAGUUAAAGUGGAGUUUGAUCAAACAGCAGAACACAUUAAGGUCCAGGCCCGACACACAGAGAGGCAGAUUAAGGAGCAGUUUGAGAAGCUUCACCAGUUUCUGAUAAAGGAAGAGGAGGCCAGGAUGGCUGCACUGAGGGAGGAAGAGGAGCAGAAGACUGGGAUGAUGAAGGAGAAGAUGGAGGCUCUGAGCAGAGAGAUAGCAGAUCUUUCAGACACAGUCAGAGCCACAGAGGAGCAGCUGAGAGCUGAAGACGUCUCAUUCCUGCUAAACUACAAGGCUGCAGUGGAAAGAGUCCAGCGCUGCCUCCUGCUGGAGGAUCCACAGCUGCUCUCAGGAGCUCUCAUAGACCAGGCCAAACAUGUGGGCAACCUGAGCUUCAACAUCUGGAACAACAUGAAGGACAUGGUCUCCUACACUCCUCUCAUUCUGGACCCAAACACUGCACAUCCAGAACUCAUCCUGUCUGAAGAUCUGACCAGUGUGAGACGAGGAGAUAAACAGCAGCUUCCUGAUAAUCCAGAGAGGUUUGAUCGUUCCAUCUUUGUUCUGAGCUCUGAAGGCUUCAACUCAGGAACUCACAGCUGGAAUGUUGAGGUUGGAGACAGUAAAUACUGGGGACUGGGUGUGAUAGAAGAGUCUGAUCAGAGGAAAGGACUGAUAUGGUCUGGAUUAUGGAGAAUAUGGUUCUCUCAAGAUAAAUACUCAGCAUGUUCACCACCAUUUCUCCUCACUGAUCUCUCAGUGCAGAAGAAGUUCCAGAGGAUCAGAGUGAAUCUGGACUGUAACAGAGGAAAACUGUCCUUCUCUGAUCCUGAUACUAAAACACUCAUACACACCUUCAAUCUCACUUUCACUCAGAGGAUGUUUCCGUUCAUUGGCACUGGUGAUAAAGUUCAGAUUCUACCAGAGAAGGUCUCAGUGACAGUGGAACAGAUCAGUUAGAGAUCAACAGGAUCAAUAGAUUCAGAACGUCUCUUUGUUGUUGUUUUUCUGGUUGUUGGUGGUGGUUGCAUUUUUGUCUUUUUAUAUUUCUUUUUUUACAUUUUACCUUCAAACCAUGAAUAUUUUCACAUUCAAGUGGAUUUUUUUGGAUUUAGUUAACUUUUAAUCAAAUAAUCAAGAAACUGUACUUUAGAUUUUAUAAAGUUUCCAAUCAGUAAAAGGGAUUCAUGUUUAAUUCAGUUAAAAUGU